AUGGAUUUCGGAAGAGUUGCAGAGAAUGAGAAUGUAAGUACUCUGACAGAGCACAUGCAGCAUCUUGCUAAUGAAAAUAUAAGUAUGAAGGAUGGGAAUGAGAGGCUGUACCCGCUCAGAGACCUGCAGGAGAGGAUGGGGAAACCGGCUGGCUCCAAAACAGAUUUGUCAGCCAGAGUAGUCUUCAGUGAAGAGGAAAAACUGAAGAUUUCCAAAGAGCUGGUCGAUCUCCAGAUUGAGACAAACAAAAUGAAGGAGCAGUAUGAGAUGGAGAACUUUGAACUGAAAAAUACGAUCCUGGUCCUGGAGAACCGUGUGCUGGAGCUGGAGCACUGCAGUGAGAAGGUCACUGGGGAGCGAGAUGCCUUAUGGGAACGCCUGCAUGCUCUGGAGACCAGGCGGAAGGAGCUGGCAGACGAGUACAUCAUUUUGAAAAGCAAUUACCUGGCCCUAGGCAAAGAAUUGGACCAGGAGGUCAUGAAGAAUGAAGAGCUCAGCCUAGAGCUGCUCAACCUGGCCAAUGCCAGGAGCAUCCUUCCCAACACAAAGAGUGACCGCUCCCCUGGCAUGGCCAACGAAUCCUCUGCCGAGCUGGAAAGAGCGAGAGCAAUGGUGUAUCAUCUCUCUGCUCGGAAAGUGAAGCCAGAAGAUGCAGUUGCCUCUGAACAUGAGCAGCAAAAGCUGGAGAGAAACUUGCUUGGAAACCAGGAUCACAUAAAAGUGGAGCUUGAAAAACUGAAGAAAACCUAUGAUUCGCAGCAGCAGAAGCUGGAAGAGAGAGUGAUUGCGAUGGGGAAGGAGCUGCAGGAGGCGAAGGGAGCGACUGGGGACACCCAGCAAAAGCUGGCGGAGCAGUCAGCGGUGCUGCUCACCUCCCAGAGCCAGCUCCAAGAGGUGGAGGCGGAGAACUCCCAGCUGCAGCUCCAGCUGAAGGAGCUGAACGAGGAAUAUCGCUCCCGGCUCACGCAGUACAUCAAGGACGUGGCG